CCUACCUCCGCCUCCAGCAAGCCCCCACCUCCGCCGCCCCCGCCGUGUCCCUGCGCGCCACCGACGUCUGCAUGCCGCACCCCCUAGCAGUCAACACGACGGAACGGCUGCGCAUGCUCAGGGAACGGAUGGAGUACUACGGCAUCGCCGCCUACAUCGUCACCUCCAGCGAUGAACACCAGAGCGAGUACGUGGCGGACCAUGACCGGCGGCGCGACUACGUGAGCGGCUUCACGGGCAGCGCCGGGGACGCCGUGGUGACGCUGGAGGCCGCGGCGCUCUGGACGGACAGCCGCUACUACCUGCAGGCCGAGGAGCAGCUCGACUGCAACUGGCAGCUCAUGCGCACCGGCGACUCACAGACACCAUCAAUUGCAGAAUGGCUGAAAGCAUCUUUAAACCCUGGAGUCAAUGUAUCUGCAGAUCCCAAAUUAGCAUCAUACAAUGAAUGGUCUGCAUGGAAUUCUAGUUUAUAUGAAGCUGGUCUGGACCUUGUUGUCAUCACAAAUAAUCUUGUUGAUGAAAUAUGGGGAUCUGAAAAUGGACAGCCUCCUUAUCCAUCUGACAAAAUAUUUGUACUUGACCAGCAGUUCACAGGAGAGUCAUGGCAAGAUAAAAUAGGCAGAUUAAGGAUCUGGCUGCAGGAACGCUCUGCGGAUGCUCUUGUACUGACGGCCUUGGAUGAAAUUGCAUGGAACCUGAACCUGAGAGGAGGUGAUGUUCCAUACACGCCAGUAUUCCGCUCCUAUCUGAUAAUUACCCUGGAGGAUGCUACACUCUACCUGCCUGCAGGCAAAAGCACUGCUGCUGUUGUGGCGCAUCUCAACAGUGAUUCUGAGGUUGCACAAGACAGUGUGCGCAUAAAAAAUUAUAAUGAAGUUUGGUAUGACCUGGCUGCCUUGGGACAGAGAGUCACAAAAGUAAUUUUGCCACAACAGUACAGCUAUGCCAAAGGAGUUAGUUAUCUUGUGUAUAUACAGAUUCCAGAGCAGAAGAUACAAAGAGAAAUAUCACCUGUUCUUUUGAUGAAAACACGAAAAAAUUCUGUUGAAGCUAUGGGAAUGUGGAACGCACAUAUACGAGAUGGUGUUGCUCUUUGUCAGUUUCUUGCAGACCUAGAACAUGGUGUGUUGAAUGGAGAGUACUGGGAUGAACUGCAAGCAGUAGAAAUUCUUGAGCAGUACAGGUUGCGGCAGGUUUAUAACAAUGGUUCUAGCUUUGGAACUAUUGCAGCUUUUGGAAUUAACUCAGCACUUCCACAUUAUCAGAGCACAAACAGUACAAAUUUACGUAUAGACACAUCUGGGUUGUUCAUGCUGGAUUCUGGUGGACAGUAUCUUGAUGGAACAACAGAUGUCACUCGCACAAUGCAUUAUGGAGUACCAACUGAAGAGCAACGUACUAUAUACACUAAACUGCUCAUGGGUUGCAUUAAUAUUGCAACAACUAUUUUUCCUGAAGGCAAAACUUUAAGUGAACUUGAGAUUUUAAUACGAGCACCUUUAUACAGUCUUGGAUUGAACUACGGACAUGGAAGUACACAUGGGAUUGGCUCGUUUUUAGCUGUGCAUGAAGCUUUCAACACUACGUACCAUGAGAACUUCUUUGGAUCACAAGAGCCUGGUUACUACAGAGCUAAUGAGUUUGGAAUGAGACUUGAAAAUAUAGUGACUGUUGUUCCUGCUAAUGUCUCAGGCGAGUCUGGAGAAACAUUCUUGACAUUUGAAACUGUCACUCUAGUCCCUUAUGAACCAAAGCUCAUAAACACCCAACUUAUGACAGCAGACCAGGUUAAAUGGCUGAACAGCUAUCAUGAUAGAGUUCGGAAAACUGUGGGUGCUCAACUGUUAUAUGAAAAUGACUUUGAUACUUAUUCAUGGCUUGUUGAGAAGACAUUGCCCCUUCAAAAUGUAUGGAAAUAUUAAUUAGUGAAAGAACACACUUAAUUCAAAAGAAACUGAAAUGAAAAACAAUGUCUUAGAGUAAGUUUUGGUCACAAAAAAGACUGCCACAUAAAAAUGUGUGAGAAGAAGGAAGCAGUUUGAAUUAUUAAGUGUAAUUAUAACUUCUGUGAUGAACAUUGUCUGUAUGCUUUAGUUAAUAUGAAAUUCUAACAUGAAGUUCCUAUGUUGAUAAUCCUGAAAUAAAUUUACAAAUCAACUGAACAGUUACUGUCUCUUGCAUUUUGGGUAUGAAACUCAGUCUCAUGUACAUAUAUAUAUAUAUAUAUUUAUGGAUAUA